AUGGAAACAAAAUCAAAAAGCUCAUUAAAAAAGCUGUUUAGAAAAGGAACCAAACGCAAUACAUGUGCUUAUUGUGAUGAAGCUCCUAAACACAAGUGCAUAUCAUGCGAAAAUAAUGUUUGCAGUUUCCAUUCAUGUGUUCGAAAAAUCAACAACAAAAAAAUUCUUAUCUGCGACAAAUGCCAUUACUCUGACGUUCAAGAACAACUAAGAGCUGAACGAGAAGCUGAGCUUUCAAAAACUCGUGAGGUUUUGCGAAAGAUGCUUGAAAACAACAACAAAUUAAUCGAAGAUGCCAAUAAUGAAGAAAUCAAAGCUUCAGAAAUCCAAAACAAAAUCGCGAACUUUGAUGCUUUAACAGACAAAGUUGCAAAUGAAAAAAGAGAGUCAAUCAAAGAAAUUCUGCUUGAGCAGCAACAAAAUUGAAAGUGCUAUACAAGCUUAAAAGAAGCAUUAGACCGAAAGAAAUCAGUAUAUGACACUUCACUUCAAAAAUGGCAAAGCAUCCAAGAGCAGAUUCUGAACCAUAAAAUUGAGAUAGAGAGAAUCAAGAGCGAGACUGAAGAAAGAUCAAUCCAUAUAGGAGUUUUGAAGGAAAGAGAAGUCACUAGUGUAAAACCCGAAAGAUUGCUGAUGAUUUUGUGUAGAAGCUGUCAAGACAAAUGAUUUGGAAAUUCUGAGGCAGCGAGAAAAUCGUUUCUUGGAGACAUGGAGCAGCAGCAGAGGAAUAAUAAAGUUUGUUGUGAAAUAUGGUAA